AUGUCUCUCGAAUUAAGAGGACAAAACCAAUCGAUAAACGAAAAUUUAACAAAAGUGACUUCAAUAUCAACUCUCCAAGAUACAACACCUAUAGUUCAACAGCCACCAUCAACAACUGCAAUGAUCUAUAAAUCACCUUUAAUAACUUCAUCCAAAAUUCAAAAUUCUCAAGUUCUUAAUUCUCGUAUACCAACUUUUAAAAAUUCUCUACCAUCAUCAUCAUCUUAUAAUUCAAGAAUAUCACAAAAAACUGCGUCAUCAACCGUUAUCAAAUCAUCUGCUAUAAAAGAUGAUUCAAAAGAUUCUUGCGAUAAUUAUGAAAAAAUUUCUCAAAAUUUACUAGAGAGUAAUAAAGAUAUAUAUUCAAAAAAUGAUCAUACUUUUAAUUUAGGUGGAGAUGUAUCAAAUUUAAAUAAUUUAAAUAGUAGUAGUAUAUUAAAUACAAGUGAAUCAAGCGUUGGUGUUGAUAUAGGUACAAGUGAUUCAACAUCUCCCACUCCAUCUGUAACUGGAACAACUACUUCUGUUUCUCCUGCAUCAGAAACUCCUUUAUCUAUAACUCCAUUAAUUGGAACUUCAAAUACUUCAAGAUCUUCUCGAAACACUUAUAAUUUUCAUUCUCAAAGUGUAGGUCUUAAUGGCCAUUUAAGAAGAUGGCAUAGUAGUAAUUCUGGUCUUCAUUAUUCUAAAAAUUCAAAUGUUGGAUCAACAGAUCCUGAUGAUAUUAGAACAUUAUAUGAACGUUGGAAAUUGGUUUUACCUAAAGAUGAUUUAGUUUUUGAUCAAUUUAGCUCAAGUGUUGAUAGCCCUGCUCCUCCCUUAUCAUUUCAUGAAAUAAGGUCAACUAUUACUAUAUUUCCUCAUACAGUAUACAGCUUGAAAAAAAAGAAUCUGAAAGAUCACAAAAGUGGGCUUCAUGGGUGUCGUCAAAUAAAUUUGUUAAAAAAUCUGGAAAGUAUGGUUGUAGCAGUUAUGUUUUUCCUUGGAAUAAAAAGGUAUUUCUUGGUUACAAAUGGAGAUGCUGAGUCAGAGUUUGAUGAUAAUUUACACCGUACAUAUGAGACGUUGUUAACAUUACCUUCACAACACGAAAAACAAAUUGAUUUGGACAUUCCACGUACAUUACAUUCUCAUAUUAUGUUUCGAACAAGAUAUGGUCCUGGGCAAAGAGCAUUAUUUAACGUACUUCAGGCCUUUUCAAAUUAUAAUAAACAAGUUGGUUAUUGUCAAGGGAUGACAAACAUUGUAACGAUUUUAUUAAUGUAUUAUACUGAAGAGUGUGCAUUUAUAAUGUUAACAAAAUUAUUUACAAGAUGUAAUUUACAUAACUUGUUUAUACCUGGAUUUCCCGCAUUAUUGGAAAGCUUUUAUGUUCAGGAAAAAUUGUUAAUAAAAUAUGCUCCGAAAAUUUCCUCUCAAUUUAAUAAAUUACAAUUAUCAAGUACUGCAUAUGCAACAAGAUGGUAUAUAACGUUGUUUACAAGUGAUGUUGUACCCCAUCAUACUGUCCUUAGAAUUUGGGAUUUAUUAAUGUUACAUGGUUUUGACAUAUUAUAUUUUGUUGCAGUUGCUUUAUUAAAAUAUCAUAAAGCUACAUUAAUAACAUCAUCAUUUGAACAUGCAAUGAUAAUGUUAUCGACAACAUUAGUUAUAAUGGAUGAUGAUAAGUUAAUAAAAAAAGUUAACAAAAUGUUUAAUCUUAAAGAUAGAAAAGGAUUAAUCGAUACUUUAAAAGCAGAAUAUAGAAGUCAAAUCGUUUAA